CAUGGCCACGUGCGGAAUGUGUUUACGGAACUCAUACGUUGCUAAAAAUUAAUUGGGAAAUUCCGAUAACAACGUGUAUAAUAGAGAUUGUCAUGAUAAAUAAAAACGUCAGUAAGUGGUGAGUGACGUGACAUGAGUGUACUAUGAAAUUCAGUGAUUAAUCGUGUAGUGACACGUAACAAUGACCUCUUGCUCUUCUUCCUCGUCAUCAUUGUCGAAAUCAGGAGCAUCAAAGUGUUGUUGUCAAGGUCGUAAUGUUGAUGACAUUUGUUUGCCAACGAUAUCUGGAGGAAUAAGUGCAACAGAAUGUUCUGUCAGGAGUUAUCGACCACAUGGAAAUCUAGCACGUGUUUUAUGGGAAAAACAAAGAGCUGAUGAACGUUUAGAAUCUUAUGACAAGACCAGGUGGUACCGAGUAGACAAAAGCAAAAUACGAGAAGACAUUCUAAAACUAUGGAUUCCCCUAGGAGUAGGAGAAUGUCAUGAUCAGCCAGAUAAAAGUGCUCAAGAGUUUCUAUCUCGAUCAUUAGAAAGGUCUGACUCUCUUCCUCUCCAAGCCUGGCAUUCAUUAGCGAAAUCAGCAUUAUCCUGGUUCAUAAGUCGAACUUCAAUCAAUGGCUUACUUGGACGCGGCUCGAUGCAUGUUUUCUCAACCGAACAAUUCCAGAAGCUCAUGGACGCUAGUGGUUUCAAUGGGCCCUGGAAUAGUGUGAUAGAUCUUGGAGCAGGAGAUGGUGCUACCACUGCUCACGUUGCACAUCUUUUCAAUAAGGUUUAUGCUACCGAUGUGUCCACGCCUAUGAGAUGGGCUCUUGCUAAACGCAAGUUUACAGUACUGGAUGUAGAUAAGUGGUACAAAACAGGUCCUUUCAACGUUAUCCUUUGCCUCAAUCUCCUGGACCGAUGUGACCGUCCAAAUACACUAUUGAGACUAUUAAAAGAAUCUCUGGCACCAGGUGGUCGAUUGGUAGUGGCAUUGGUGUUACCUUUUAGUCCUUACGUCGAAGUAGGUGAGCGAGGUGAUCACAAACCUGCAGAGUAUUUACCCGUGAAAGGAAAAGGCCUGGAAGGUCAAAUUGCUGGACUCAUUGACAGAGUUUUUAGUCCUCUUGGGUUAAAAUGUCUGGCUUGGAGCAAACUACCUUAUCUCUGUGAAGGAGAUCUAGGGCAAGCUUAUUACUUUUUAGAUGAUGUGAUUUUUGUGCUCAAAACUCAAGAAGAGGAGGGAUUCUACUGUAAAACUUGUGGGAUAGAAACAUGUAAAGAAGUCAUAUCAUCAGGAUUCAGAGCUCGAAACGAUUGUCCUUAAUUAUUGAGUAAUGAAAAAAAUGAUAAGCUUGAAACUGGGAAGUGUGGUGGUGGCAAAAAACUUCUAAGAGAUUGUACCAAUUGUAUUGUAUCGACAAGUGCUGAAAAUAACAAUAAGGAAGAUGUAAAUAAUUAUAUCAUUCAUUAACGAUAUCGAAUAACUAGUUUUGACUUCGAUUUCAAAUUUUAAUAAAUGUUAUCAAUGAAUUUUAAAUCUCUAGAAAACAUAUGACAAUGAAUAAUGAUAUCAACGAACUAACAAUUACUUAUUAAGAUAGAUUACGUUAGAAACUUAAGUCUUUCCAAAUCUCUACAAAUCUAUCGAAAUCGCAUUUCUCAAAAAAUAUUAACUUUUACGUUUUAACAGACUGAUUUACAAUUAUUUACAUUGAUAAAUAUUUUAUAUCUAUACAAUUUCAAUUAACAUUUAAUCAAAUUAUAAAGAGAUAAAAAAGUA